AUGCCGAUCAGCAACUACGGCGUCUGGAAGGCUCAGACUCUCCUACAAGACGAGUCGCCACACAUCACACUCAAGUUCUCCGAUGGCUCGGGAAAAGGAAAGGAAGCGGCGAUCAACGUGGCGUCGACUGACUCCGACACCCGCCUCGUCUACUGGUUGCAGCGCCAGUGGGACCACCCUAUCACCCAAGACCUGACACCGCUUGCCGAUGGCUUCCAUAAGGCAUCUGGCAGCGGCACAGACCUAUCCCUCGACUACGUCAGAACUACACCAGCGCUGGUAGACUUCAAAGCCGGCCAAGUCCUAGACGACAAUGGUUCAAACUCCACCACUAAUAUCCUCGACCAACUCGAGCCAAUCCUCAACGAUGCCAUCUCGGCCAAGGCUGACAUCUACAUCUUCGGCUCGAGUUACGGAACUGGUAUACACGACAUCCACAUGAACCAGGGCUCGCAGCCACGAUUCGCCAACGGUAUCGGGGAAGACGGUGCUAUAGUAUUCCACUAUGCUAGCGAUGGGCAUUUUGAGGCAGUCUUCUUGGCGUUCGCGAGCCAGAGCAUUCCUACUAAUGAUCAGACGGGUGCUGCAGAGAGUGGUGGGCAGACUUUGGCGCAGCUUGCGGGGGCUGACAGUAGCUAG